ACAUACUGUAUCGCUUCAACGCUCACUUACUUGUCCAUUCCAAUCGUUGUUUAUGUAUUUUUCCUUGUCAUAGAACGUGACCAAUCACGACUUAGCAAAGCAUAUUUUGGGCAUCAACAUCACUUACCGAGAAAGAAUUGAAUCCCAAUCAUCUCUCCUUAGCAUCUCCAUCAGCAACCAUGGGGUCAGAAAUCCACACAAAGAUCCCCUACAUCGAAACCCCACUCAUCAAAUCACACACUCUAUCAGAAGUCGCUGGCUGCAAUGUCUUCCUUAAGCUGGAGAACCUCCAACCCUCAGGGUCCUUCAAGUCUCGCGGCAUAGGCAACUACAUGAUGGCCAAACUCGCCGCUCAAGGCGCAGACACCAGCAAGGUCCAUUUCUACUGCUCGUCCGGAGGCAACGCUGGGCUGGCAUGUGUCCAUGCCGCCAUCACACUGGGUUGCCGGGCCACCAUCGUCGUCCCGCUGUCGACUUCAGCCUUCAUGAUUGAGAAGUUGCGACAGGCCGGCGCCACUGACGUUAUUCAAAAGGGGGCCUCGUGGCAAGAGGCAGAUGACUACUUGACGGGAACGCUCAUGGAGGAAGCCCGUACCAAGGGAGACGUUGCCAUCUAUGUACCUCCAUUCAACGCUCAGGAGAUUUGGGACGGUGCCGCGGGCAUCUCGCACGAAAUCGCAAGACAAAUUCCCACAAUGACCAAACACUAUCCAGUAUCCAUCGAGGGCGUGUCAGAUGACGACGUGACGGCACGCAUAGGCAACGUCGAUGCCAUUAUCUGCAGUGUCGGUGGAGGUGGCCUCUUGUCCGGUGUCGUGCAGGGCCUCGACGACCUCUCCAUGCAACAGACUCGAGUCAUUGCCGUUGAGACUCUCGGAGCAGACUCUCUCCAUCAGGCAGUCCAAAAGGGAGAGCUGAUUACCCUGCCCGCCAUCACUAGUCUUGCCACCACCCUAGGCGCGAGAAGGGUCUGUCAAAGGGCCUUUGAGUACGGACUCCGUGAACAGGUCUCAACCGUGGUGCUCUCCGACGCCGAAGCUAUUGCCGCCUGUAAGCGGUUCGCAAGCGAGGAGCGCUUCCUGGUUGAGUUGUCAUGUGGAGUCGUUCCCGCGGUGGUGUACAGCGGCCGGCUGAAGGAGUUGAUUCCCGGACUCAACAAGAAUAGUGUGGUUGUGCUUGUGAUAUGUGGAGGGUGCAAUAUCUCCUACGAAUUACUCGAGCACUAUGUCACAAGCCAAGCAGCCGCGGCACACACAAGCUGAUUAGCCCACAAGAAACGACAAGGAGAUGGCGACGGAAGAUGAAUCUAGACUAUUCGCCGAGCAAGGGACGGACCGUGGUAUCCCUCCGUGAUACAUAGAAAGGUGGCGAACCGGUCAAGAGAAGUGUAAAUUUAGACAUGAGUGAAAGGCAUCCACCCCGUUCCUGGUGGUAUUAAUCAAUGUUACCGUGGCGUACGGAAUCCUCCGCUGGGUGUCUUUUGUUGCCCGGCUAGGCCAGGAGGACGCUCUUGGCGUGUCACUAUCGGGUAAAAACGAAGAACAAAAAGAGACUCGCCUAUUGGUUAGUGGUCAUAUUUCAUUUAAUUUGCCGCGUGCGCUGUAUUAGUAUUGAUCCGUUCGGGAAAUAAUAUGCUUAGCGAAGUCAUCUAUUUGGCGACCCUCCAAACAGUGAGGCUGAUCGAUAUGAGAUGAGCA